GUAGUUUCCUGGUUAAAUGAUGAGCGUUCGCCGCUGCAAGCUCAUCGACCCACCAAAAAUAGUUGUCCUUCUCAUCCACCGAUUCCACCCCACAGAAUAAAAAGAACAAUAUUAAUUAUUAUUUUUUAAAUAUCUUUUCCAAGCCCAGGCUCAUAAUCACAGAGAAGUCCAUUAAUAAGGGAAGUGAGAGUAAUUGGGAGUUGUAAAGAUGUACCGGACUGUUGCCACGGCCACAACCCGGGGUGGAGUGGCAACAGAUAGUGGAGACUCUAUUGUUAGCUUGGAUCAAGUUCCACGUUGGAGUGAUGCAGAGCAUAGGUCGUCUUUGGAGUUUGAGAAUGAAGAUCCUUCAUUUUCUAAUUCCUACUUUCCUGAUCCUUUGACAUCUCUGGGGGCGGAGUUUGGUAGCUACGGAAUGGUGUCAAGAUUUCCUGUUGAUCAUGACACUAACUCAAAGAUAUAUCUUUGGAGGGGGAACCCAUGGAAUCUUGAGGUAGAUGCUGUUGUGAACUCAACAAAUGAGAACUUGGAUGAAGCACACAGCAGCCCCGGUUUGCAUGCUGCGGCCGGACCUGGUCUUGCAGAAGAAUGUGCUACGCUGGGUGGAUGCCGGACGGGGAUGGCAAAAGUUACUAAUGCAUAUGACCUUCCUGCUAGGAGAGUUAUCCAUACCGUUGGCCCCAAAUAUGCUGUGAAAUACCAUACUGCGGCAGAGAAUGCUCUUAGUCAUUGCUAUCGUGCUUGCCUUGAACUUCUCAUUGAAAAUGGGCUUAAAAGUAUUGCUAUGGGCUGUAUAUAUACAGAGGCUAAAAACUAUCCUCGUGAACCAGCUGCUCAUGUGGCUAUAAGAACUGUGCGACGGUUUCUUGAGAAGCAGAAAGAUAAAAUAACAGCUGUUGUUUUUUGUACUACCACAACAAGCGAUACUGAAAUAUAUAAGAGGUUGCUUCCACUCUACUUUCCUAGAGAUAAACAUGAGGAAGAGGUCGCCAUCUCAAAGCUUCCUUCAGAUGUUGGGGAUGAAAACGGUGAGACAAUUAUAGAUGAACGUAAAAUCAGAAUAAAGCCUUUACCCAAGAAGACAGCUCCCAAACCUCCCAAAGCUCCAGUCGAUCUUCCUGUUAGUGAUGUUGGCUUGGUGCGAAGGAAUUCAUCAUACUUGGAUUCAUUUCUCGAUCCUGCCUUCAUGUCUUUAAUCAAAGAUCCAGAUCAGAGACGCAAGGAACAAUGGGAAAAAACUGCUCAAGCACAAAAGGGUUGGAAUUGUGCUAAAGUGCUUGGAUUUGGUGACCUUGGUGGACCUCCAUUAUCUGUCUCUGAAGAAUACUCACUUCAUUCUAGAUACCUUGCAAAAGCAAAUUCUCUUAAUCUUUCAGAAAUUGCAGAGAUGAAAAUUGUUUACCGUGGUGGGGUAGAUAGUGAGGGUCGUCCUGUAAUGGUUGUUGUGGGGGCACAUUUUCUGCUGCGAUGUCUCGAUUUGGAACGGUUUGUGCUCUAUGUAAUUAAGGAGUUCGAGCCCUUGAUUCAGAAGCCCUAUACUAUUGUAUACUUCCACUCUGCUGCAUCUUUACAGCCUUGUCUCUACAUGUUUCUCUCAAUAACUAGUCAACCGGACUUAGGAUGGAUGAGAAGAUUGCAACAGAUACUUGGUAGGAAACACCAGCGCAACCUGCAUGCAAUAUAUGUUCUUCACCCAACAUUUGGACUGAAGGCUGCAAUAUUUGCUCUGCAGUUGCUUGUAGACAAUGUGGUAUGGAAGAAAGUGGUAUAUGUUGAUCGACUUUUGCAGCUGUUCAGAUAUGUUCCUCGUGAGCAGUUGACCAUCCCCGACUUUGUGUUUCAGCAUGAUUUAGAAGUGAAUGGAGGGAAGGGCCUCAUUGUGGACCCCAGAACAAAGUAUGUAUAUCAUCGACCAUAGAAUCGCAAAUGCAGUUCGCAAAUGCAGUUUCAUCAGGCGAUAAAAGCAGGUCCACAGAUUGUGUUCUCUCUCUCUCUCUCUCUCUCUCUCUCUCUCUCUAUCUAUAUAUAUAUAUAUAUAUAUAUAUUAUCUGCUGCUGAGUGGAGGCGACAAAAUCUUUCUGUUGAAAGUGGAAGAAAUUCUUGUAUAUCUCAAUUUUUUGAUUUUAUUUCUGGAGCGAUGAUAUGUUUGUGUCCAAAGAUGGAAAUAAUGUUAUUUCUUUCCUUUUUGUAUUAUCUUGGUGAGUUUCUGAAUAAAAGAAAAUCAAGGUGUAUGAGCAUCA